UCAAUCAGCUGUUUUUUAGUAGCACCGUAAAUUGCAUUCACGAGUUUCCUUUGCCUUUUCGUGAGUGAUUUUGUAACCAAAAUUUCUGGAGAAGAUGAGGCUAACACAGUUUGUGUGCAGUAAACUAAAGAAUUUCUCAAAUUUUCCAAAGGAAUACAUUGAGAGAAGUAAGAAACAGGUAUAUUGGAAAACCCCCUCCGGUGUCCCUAACUAUUUGCAACGCACAGUAGAACGCAAACGUUUUCGGUAUACAACUAAUCGACCAUGGACAGGACAAUUCCGCCAGCAAAAUAUGCCCGGUACUAUUCGUAAGAAGGUCUUCGUUACUCCCGUGGAGGAAUGGAGUUUCUUCCGUGGUGAUCGUAUUGAAGUGCUUGUGGGCAAAGAUAAGGGCAAACAAGGUAUUGUCACGCAGGUUAUACCCGAACGCAAUUGGGUGAUCGUAGAGGGAUUAAAUUGGCAUUAUCGUACGGUCGGGGGUGAAGAAGGAUUUCCGGGUGUAUUAAUCAAAUCCGAAUCGCCCUUGGAUGUUACAAAAGACGUGCGUUUAGUAGAUCCGUCAGAUCUACAAGGCACCGAUUUUGAGUGGCGUUAUACAGAAGAAGGUGAGAAAGUACGUGUUUCUGCGCGUAGCGGCCGUAUUAUACCCAUACCAGAAACAAAUAAUCAAACACAUGAUUUCAAAACGCCUAACGCUUAUAUUGAGCGUGAAAAGGAUACGCCUGGCGCUGUUGUGGGUGAAAUAACUUUCCAACCAAAGUUGGCGACUUUCGAAAUGGAUAUUAUGGAGGAGAUGGGCAUUGUAGAAGAGCGUACACCUAAGAAGAGUUAUUGGUACUAAGUUUAUCUACCUGUAGGUUUUUUUGGUUUUGAACAAUGUUUUAAUUUGUUAACAAAUGUAAACUUUAUAAAUACGUAAAAUGAAAAA